UUGGUCCUGUACAAUCAAUGGAUCCAGCUAGCAACAACCUGCCACUGGCAUUCAACAUGAACAAGAACAAACCUCCACUACUUCGAUAUGAUGAUGGGUCUGGGAAAGAUGACACUCCCUCCAGCACGACCACCCAGGGUGCUGACAUGCAGGGCGGGGCCAUGAUGCCAGCACAAGACAUGUAUGGAAUGAAUAUGAUGAACAUGAUGGGGCCCAGCAUGGACCCCAGCUCACAGAUGAACAUGAUGGGGCCUAACAUGGACCCAAACAUGAUGAUGAUGGGGCCCAUGGCUAUGAAUCAGUAUGGCAUGAUGGGUCCGAUGGGCACAAUGGACCCCUCCAUGAUGAACAUGACGAUGAUGGGCCCGCCCCCGGAGAGAGAAGUAAUAACCUUGAAGUCAUGUGUCCUCUACCCGCCACCACAAAACGCUGCCCCUCGCAGUGUGCGUGAGCGUCCGCCGGGCUGUCGGACUAUCUUCGUGGGUGGGCUACCGGAGACCGUCACGGAGGAGAUCCUCACAGAGGUGUUCGAGAAGUGCGGCAACAUUGUCAACCUGAGAAUCAGCAAGAAGAACUUCGCACACGUCAGGUUCGAGUUCCAGGACUCUGUGGAAAAAGCUCUCUUUAUAUCGGGUUACCGUAUGAAAAUUGAUGAUAAAGACGACAAGGCGAAUACCGGUCGCAUUCACGUGGAUUACGCCAACGCGCGCGAUGACCAGUACGAGUACGAAUGUCAGGAACGAGCGUUGAUGCGAGAAAUGCGACACCAGGAGCGGCUACAACAGGCCAUGUUGAGGCCCCCCAGUCCCCCACCCCUCACACAUUAUACAGAUUCGGAGGCGACUGUGCUUGUGGAAAAAAUUAAAGGAUGCUCAAAUGACCUGGAGUUCAUAGAUGUGUCCAACACGCUGGUGCAGUGGAUCGACCGAGGUCACUGUAACCGCCGCUCAGCUGCCGUCUUCUACAGCAUGGUGCAGUCGGUGAACUCGCACGUACGCAAACUUCUCAACGAGAAACAGCAGCUGGAGGAAGAGCUCGAGAAUAUGAAGAUACGCAUCCGCAUGCGAGUCCAGGACAUCAUCAAGCAGUUUGAUCAGAUAGAAAAAGUGUUCUCGGCCGCUCUCAGACAGAAAGCUUGGGAUCACUUCACGAAGGCUCAGAGAAAGAACAUAGACACGUGGUAUAAGCAGUGCAAGGAAAUCAUUAAAAUUCAGCAAGAUGAUUUCCUCAAAGAUCGUCAAGAAGAUGAGAUGGAUUUGUCUGAUGGAGAAGGGGAUGCAACUCCAGCAAAAAAACGCAAAGCAGACUCGGGCACUGAAUCUCUGAACAACCUGAAGGAUGAGAACGACAUUCUGCGCUGUCAGAUGGAGGCGUUUAAGAACGAGGUGGACUUUGUGAAGGAGGAGUCGAAGAGUGUGAUGGUGGAGAAAGACAAACAGAUCAAAGCCUUACAGAACGCUCUGCAGGGCAUGCAGCAGCAACUGAUAAAUUCGCAGAGGCAGAUGAAACUGUCGGAAGAAAAGGCUCUACAGAAGGAGAAGGAGCUGAGACAGAAGGAUCUGUCGUCUCACAGUCUAGACAAAGAGACCACACAGGAGAAUGGCAACGACACCGAUAAUGAAAAGACAGGUGACAACAGCUCCGAUAAGAAAGACUCGUCGACCCCGUCAGCAAGUGCCUCUCCAACUGUGAUGAUUCCCGCACUCACUCUGAUUAGCACGGACCCUAUAGUCAGCAGUUCGGGCAUCUCCCUCACGCAGAAAGAAGCCAGGAUUCUGAGUUUGGUCUGCUGUUUUCUUCACGUGCACCCGUUCGGUGCGACGAUCGACUACCUGUGGUCGUACCUGAACCAGCUGGUCUCCGUGCGUGUCCGCGAGGUGGAGGACGUACUCGACAAACUGCCUAGUCUCUUUCAGCAGGAGCUGAAGGGAUGUGGGGCACGACUCGAACGACGCUGGGUCUUCCAAGGAUACGCUGACGCCGGGAACGCAGAAUCAUGAACAACACACAGACACCAUGGCCAUACCUAGCUUAAUAUCACUAUGGAAGGGGGAGGGGAAUUUAUAUAUAUAUAUAUACAUACAGUGAAAUUCCUCUAAACCGGACACCCUCAGAACCAAGUAAAAUGUCUGGUUUUAAGAGGUAUUCGGUUUAGAGAGGCUAAGUUCUAUAUUGAUUAUUUAAAAAGGUCAGGAUUUCUGGUUUUACAGAGGGGUGGUUUUGAGAGGUUUCACUGUGUAUAUAUAUAUAUAUAUAUAUUUUUUUUUUUUUUUUUUGAAAGCAUCUCCAGUUGAACAAAAAGGUCAUUUUUAUAUUAAAAGGCUACUUUUUUGAUGAUGCUUUUCAGGUGUGCUGUUGUACCCCUCCCCACGCUAGGAACGGCCCGGAAAAAAAUUGCUACCAAAAAUGUAUUAACUUCAGUCUUGAGCAGAUUUGUGGUGUUUAUUUGGAUUGUCACUGAGCAGAAGUUACAUUUUCAUUCAUAUUUAAGGUUAUGUGUGUAACAGAAUGCAAGAAUAAUUACCGUAAAUUUGUGUGUAAAAAAAACUUGUCGUUUGUGACAAAAAAAACUGUGGGUUAAUGGAUCAUUUGUAUUGCCUUAUUUGUGCUUUAUUUAGUUGAAGUUAAUUGAUUUGCAAACAAAUAAUGCAGACAUUAAAAUAUGAAUAGCACAGUAUGUUAGUACAUGUACUUAAAAAUGGAUUGUGGUGAAGUAAAACCUUUUUAAAAGCUAGCCACAUAAAUCAAUGCAAUUGAACAUCUAAGUGAAGAUUUGAUUCUGACAAAUCAUUUUAAAAAUUGCCCCAUGUCUUGUUUAAAAACAAAAUCUGGGGCUGAAUUUACCAAGCCUGUUUUUGUAUUAUAUGCACGUAACUGGUACAUACAUUUACAGUGCUUAAACACCUGCAUUUAAGAAAAAUGGGCUCUGUAAAUUUGACCCUGAAAUUCGUUGAUGAUAAGUUAUGAUAAAUUUAUACGAUAUAGUUUUGAUACCUGCAGUAUUCUUUAACGUUCCUGCUGUAUUUUGGACACCAUUUCAAUCUACUCGAAUGUUUACAUUAUUUCAGUAGACUGGUUAGUUUUUUGUUAACCGGUAUGUGUUGAUGGCAACAUGACUUUUCUGUAAAUGUGUAACAUGUGUUUGCAGCUAUUACAAAUACUAGGAUAACGAGAAACAUUGGGAUUGCCAAAAUGGAUCAUUUAUGCAAGAAGUGUAAGGUAUCUGUGAAACAGCUGUAAUAGGCCAUAAAAAAAUAUUCUUUGCUUAAAAACUAGGGUCAGUGCCUUUAAGAAUGAUAGCUGCUGUAACUUGACCUAAUUCAGUUAUUUGAAAUUAUGAAUCAUCAUGUGUGAGGGAGACAAUUAAUAGUUAAUAAAUUAGUUGUUUUUCUUUUUCAAAUAUGGCCGCAGAAAUUUCUUUUUGAGGGACAGUUACACCUAUGUUCUCCCGUUAAUUCAGUUCAAGGGUGUGCAGAGCAUCGUGCCCCCACGCUGAGGUUCAUUUGUUCCAAUCAGAAGGAAAUAAGUGUAACAAUGUAAUUGUAGUGAAAAUAUAUUCCAUGAAAUCUAAACGCUGCUGUAGACGUUUGCAUACAACAAAAUUUGCUUCAAUCAAACAUGUUUGGUGGGAGUCAUUUCAGUCGCAGGCAUAAAAAAUCUCAUCAAAUGUACCAUUUUUUAUGCAUGCAACUAAAAGUUCACAUUGUUGCAAAGGUCUGCACCAGGCUCAAAGAGACUGUCCUGAUUUUGUGACUCUUGUAAGAUGUUUCAAGCUAGAAGAGCCUUUUUAACAACAUGGAGUAGGACGUAGCCCAGUGGUAAAGCGUUCGUCUGAUGCAUGGUCGGUCUGGAAUCAGUCCCCAUUGGUGGACCCAUUGGGCUAUUUCUCAUUCCAGAUGACUGGUAUAUCAAAGGCUGUUGUAUGUC